CGCAAGUUAACCAUUCAUCUUCCCAACUCAAGCAAAUCCUUCUCCCAAGCCCGCCCCAAUGGAUGCGGAACUCCCCCUGCACACAGUUCUCAUCCUCCCCACCAUUCUCUGCAUCUUCUUCCUCCUCUUCCUCCACCAGCGCCGCACCGGUCCAGGCGCACUCACCAACUGGCCCAUCGUGGGCAUGCUCCCAGGCCUUGCAGUCAACCUCCACCGCCUCCACGACCUCGCCACCGACAUCCUCGGUAACGCCCCGCUGGCUGCACCUUCCUUUCUUGGCCCAUGGUUCUCCAGCAUGAAGUUGCUCGUUACGUGCGACCCUGCUAACGUCAACCAUGUCUUCAACGUUAACUUCCACAACUACCCCAAAGGCCAUAAAUACUCAGAGAACUUCGAUUUCCUAGGCGAAGGCAUCUUAAACGCCGACGAGGAGUCGUGGAGCAGCCAGCGCAAGAAGGCUCAGAUCCUCAUCGCCCAACCCCGCUUUCGGGCCUUCGUCACACUCUGCAGCCGAGACAAAGUUGACAACUUUCUCCUUCCUCUGCUGCGGCAAUUCAGCGAGCAAAAGAUAAUAAUUGACCUGCAAGAUGUCUUUUUGAGAUUAUCAUUCGACAUCACUUGUAGGCUCGUAUUCGGCAUCGACCCCGCCUCUCUUUCGCCAGAUUUCCCCGUCGUGCCAUUUGCCAAAGCAAUUGACGACGCCAUGACCACAAUCCUGCACCGCCAUGCCGUUCCGCCUGCAUGGUGGAAGCUCAUGAGGCGUCUUAAAUUGGGAAGGGAGAAGAAGCUUGCCGAAGCUUGGGUUGUCAUUGAUGAUUUUAUAGCAGCGAGCAUACAGAAGAGGAAGAAGGAGAGCAACCGCUCCGACUCCUUGAACGACAGUCUCCUCACGGCUUACAUCAAAGACGACUCUUUGGCCGGCGACAAGUUCCUACGGGACCCGACAUUGAGCUUUCUGAUUGCAGGGCGGGACACCAUCGGGGUGGCGCAGUCGUAUCCCUCUCUUGAUGGGGAAGAGAGCUUGAAGCCUAGAGAAUACCGAAGCAUGGAGAAGGAGCUGAAGUUGUCUCCUAUUCCUGCAAUUGCUAGCCACUGCAAAUCACCAUCAACUACCAUUAGUGGGCCGUUGUCCACUCCUUGCGACGAUGCACCGCACGAGCAAUCUGUGAAAGGUGUAUCAUCCUAA